GCCAUGGAGCGUUGGCGGGGAAAGGUCGCCGUAGUCACGGGUGCAAGUGCCGGAAUUGGGGAGGCGAUUUGUGAGCAGCUCGUCAACUUUGGGCUGAAUGUCGUGGGAUUAGCCCGACGCAAAGAGCUCGUUGAGGAAAUUGCCCGAAAACUCCAACGGGGGACAAACACUGGAAAACUGUACGCGUACAAAGCGGACGUAUCCAAAGAGGAAGAUAUUUUGGAGGCUUUCCGUUGGAUAACUGAAAAUGUUGGACCGGUGCAUAUCUUGGUCAACAACGCCGGAAUAAUGCGACCUGGUGGCCUUUUAGACGGCACGAGUGACGGUUGGAAGGACAUUUUCGACACCAACGUGCUUGGCCUCUGCGUGGCGACGAGGGAGGCGAUCAAAAUCAUGCGAGCCCAUAGUAUCGACGGACACGUUGUCCAUAUAAACAGUAUAAGUGGGCAUACGAUCGAGUAUUUUCCCAAUCUGAACGUAUACCCUGCUUCAAAGUUCGCUGUUACCGCUCUCACGGAAACUUUGCGUCAGGAAUUAAACUCCGUUGGCAGCAAAAUUAAAAUAACUAGUAUUAGCCCCACUGGUGUAGACACGGAGAUAAACGAGAAUGGUGGUCUAGUCUAUCCUCCAGAGAUGAUGGCAGUCAAGGAUACACUGCGCCUUCUGGACAGUAAAGACGUUGCAGACGCCGUUUGUUACGUUUUGGGCACACCUCCGCAUGUGCAGGUCCAUGAGCUGAUAAUAAGGUCAUUACAAUGAACGUCUUAUACGCUCGGAUCUUCCCUUCGUUCGAUAAUAAAGAAUUAUUUAACGUA